UUGCCAGUUGAAAGCCUUUGGUUUCUUCUUAGUAGUGCUCUGAUCAUCUUACCAGUUACCACAUAGAGAGACUCAAAUGGCUUAUGCUGCUGUAACUUCGCUUAAAGAAACACUCCAUCUACAUUUCUUGCAAUCACAAUCACAAUCACAAUCAAGCCUGCCUCUUCUUAUAUAUAAACCAAAGAUGCUCUCUCUCCAUACAAAUCUUAGUUUCCUCCAAGAAAUUCUUGAGAAAUCUGAGAUCGCCUAUGAUGAUGCGGGGGAGAUGAAAGAUGUAGAGGCCGAGAUCAGAGAUGCAGCGUUCGAAGCCGAAGAAAGGAUUGAGAUGGAGUUGACUACCAUUUAUCCAGCAAAGGGUUGGAUGAAUCGUCUUGCUUGCCCCUUCAGGCUUCAUGGAAUCUUCAAUGAAGCUGUAAAACAGACCGAUUACCUCAAGGAGAAGUUGAUUAAGAUUCAAAGUGAAAAGCAGUUUACAAAGGGUCCAUCACAAAGAGGACUACUACAUGGUUCAACAUCAUCGCAGCCUGCUGAUCCAGAAUGCGAGAACAAUAUUACUGGUCCAUCACAAAGAGGACUACUCCAGGGUUCAACAUCAUCGCAGCCUGCUGAUCCAGAACGCGAGAACAAUAUUACUCUACCACAUAGACAGACGCAAAUGGCUUAUGCUGCUGUAACUUCGCUUAAAGGAACACUUUAUCUACACUUCUUGCAAUCACAACCAUGCUUCCCUCUUAAAGACAACCAAGAGAUAGUUAAUUCUCUCUAUGAAAACCUUGGUUUCUUGCAAAAAAUUCCUGAGAAAUCUGAGAUCGCCUAUAAUAAUUCGGCACUGAAAGAUUUAGAGGCAGAGAUGAGAGAUGUAGCGUUCGAAGCUGAAGAAAUGAUUGAGAUGGAGUUGAGUAACAUAUACCUUCAAUCAAGCAGCAUAGAGGCUUGCCUCCUCAGGCUUGAUGGAAUCUUCAAGCAAGCAGUAAAACAGACUGAUUACCUCAAGAAGAAGUUGAUUGAGAUUCAAAGUGAAGACCAGUUUGCAAAGGGUCCAUCAAUCACUGGCAUUUCACUCCUUGGUUCAACAUCAUUGCAGCCUGCUGAUCCAGAACGCGAGAAUAAUAUCACUGUGAGUAAAUUUUCCAAAAGCUCUUCAAAGUUUGAUAAUAGAAUGGUUGGGUGCGACAAGGAAUUCAAGAUGAUAUUGCGUAAGCUGAUCAGGCAACAAUCAGCUGAGCAACUCCAAGUUGUAUCAAUCAUUGGCAUGGGAGGAAUAGGCAAGACCACUUUAGCUGAGAAACUCUACAAGAAUCCAUCAAUUACUUCUCAUUUUUACAAGAAAGCAUGGGUUACUGUAUCCCAAGAGUAUACCGUGGAGAAAAUGCUUGGAUGCCUUAUUGCUUGUGUUAGUGGAUCAAGUGAUUAUCAAAGCAGCAAUGACCAAGGCAGAUUAGCAGAAACGCUACGUAAACGCUUGAAGGAUCAGAGAUACUUGAUAGUGAUAGAUGAUAUUUGGAGCAAAGAAGCUUGGGAUAAAGUGCAAGGGUGCUUUCCAGAUGAUAAUAAUGGAAGUCGUAUACUACUGACUUCUCGGCUUAGAGAGGUGGCUGAAUAUGCUGCUAGUUCAGGUAACUCUAUCAUUAACAUGCCUUUCUUAGAUGCCAAUGAAAGUUGGAAUCUCUACUGCAAUGUGUUUGGUAAAACGAAAUUUCUUUUGGUGUUUGAGCAAAUUGGUAGAGACAUAGUGGAGAAAUGUAAAGGAUUACCUCUAGCUAUUACUUUAGUGGCUAGUCUUCUCUCCAAGACAGAGGAGAAGGUGGAAAAGUGGAAGAAUGUUGCAAAAAGUGUAAUUGGUGAUUCUAAUGGUGCAUGUUCAAGUGUAUUAUCUUUGAGUUACAACCAAUUACCACACCGGGCUAAAGCUUGCUUUCUAUAUUUUGGAGUUUUUCCAGAGGAUUAUGAAAUCCCUAUAAAGAAGUUAGUUAAGUUGUGGGCAGCGGAGGGAUUUUUCGAGGCAGCGGACAAUAAGAAUCUGGAGGAAGUGGCUAUGAAAUGCUUGCAAGAUCUUGUUGAUAGAAGUCUUGUUCUAGUUGGUAAGCAGAGUUACAAUGGAACAAUCAAAACAAUUAGGAUGCAUGAUCUCUUGCGAGACUUGUGCUUAAGUGAAGCUCGACGUGAAAAUCUCUUGUAUGUUGUUCAUGGUGCUGUUGCUGGACCAGAAAAACUUCCAUUUGACAAGAGGAAAUCACAACACUUGUUUUCAAAAGCUUGUCCUUGGAUAAGUAUUAAACCUGAAUCUUACUAUAUUGAAAUUAGAUCUAAGUGCUUUGACAAAUUCCAUUCCUUACACUCUGUUGAUCAUGUUGAUUUCAGCAUUAAGGUGCUUUGUCACUUCAAACUAUUAAGAGUAGUAGACAUGAAACUUAGUUUCUGGAACUUUGAAGAUAAGAUGCUAUAUAUGGCAAAUCUUGUUCACUUGAGAUACUUAGCUUUGUCUCUAAGUGAUAAAGUAGGUCCUCUUAAACUAAAGCUCUUCGAGCAUUGGAAUAUGCAAAGUUUUAUUGUCCGUGGAUGUAGUGUUAUAUUGGAUUCCUCUAAUGCAUAUGCAAUUUGGAAAAUGCCAUUGUUAAGGAAUUUGUAUGUUGACGGAAAUCAUUUUAUGUUAGAGGCUGCGGAGGUUGUUCAUAGAAACAUAGAGACUAUAUCUUGGUUGCGUCCGAGGUGUUGCAGAGAGGAUCUUUUUACAAGGAUUCCAAAUUUAAAAAAAUUGGGGAUUCAAGUUCAAACGAAAUUUGAAAAUGAAAAUUCAGAUGGUUUCUAUAAUUUUGUGCACUUGGGGCAGCUUGAGAAACUAAGCAUCAAAAAGUGGCAUCUCAAACUUCCGGAUAGUGGCAUCCCAUGGGCAACUGGUUUUUUACCAAAUCUUAAGAAUCUCAAAUUCUUCGGGACUAAUUUGUCAUGGAAUGAUAUGAGGGUUAUUGGUAUGUUGCCGAAUCUAGAGGUUCUAAAAUUGGUACAUGCUUGCGAAGACAAAGAGUGGGAGCCAUCUGAGGGAGGGUUCCGUCAAUUGAAAAGAUUGGUAAUUGAAAGCCGGACUUUGGAAGAUUGGAAUGCUAUGGGUGAUCAUUUCCCUGUGCUUCAACAUUUACAGUUAAAUUAUUGCGAUUUGUUGCGAGAGAUCCCUAUUGCGUUUGCCGAUAUUAACACACUUAAAUUGAUUCAAUUAAGAUGCUGUUGGGAUUCCGUUUUGACUUUUGCAAAGCGUAUUCAGGAUGAGCAACGAAGCUAUGGAAAUGAAGCCCUCCUUGUUCGUUCUAUACAUAUUCGGAAUACACAACCACGAAAGUAAACAUUAUCUCAAAUUAAAGGAAGGAUGUGACGAGCAAAGGCAUUUCGUUUCUCCUUAACAUCUAAUUCUUAAACACAGACAACUACAAAGAUUGAUGGAUGCUGAUUGAUGAAAAGUUAAUAAGAGGCACAAAGCUGAGCAGAGAUGAUGAUGAUGAUGAUGAUUGAUGGAUGUUGUGUAGGUGUUCUUUGAGUGAUGAUGGAUAUGAUGUUGGGAUUAGCAGGAGCUGUAAUAUAUGAAUAUGAAUCUGCCUGUCAGUGGCUUUUUUACUGUACUUGUUGUGGGUUUAUUGCUGUGAUUUUUUUGUUUU